AAAUUGGGCUGUUCUCAGUCUGCAACAAGCUGCGAAAGCUGAAUAGGGGGUUUAUCGACCGCGCUGUCUCGAGACCAAGAUGAAGUUGGCGGCGCACUGACGGGUUGAAGUUCUGUGGUCGAUAUUUUCGAUUAACAAAAUUCUCCAGAAGUUUCCUUCAUCAAAUCAAAAUACGAUUAGCGGCCGCUGCCUGUUUUUCACGGGCUUGUCCACUGCCAAACGCGCCGAAGCCGCAAAACGUAUAAGUGCUUGCUGCCGCCAGCUCUUCCGUCAUGUUCGACACCAAGGAGAAACAAAAUUGAAAAGCCCAUAUAGUACUUCUCUACAAAUGAAUCGCCAAGCUUUUGUUAUGAAACCUUUCAAAGAAGUCACUUUGGGGAACCGCUGGGACCAUCGCUUCGCCAAGUACAACCAGAAAGACAUAAGACCGGAAUGCAACCAAGACGGAUCGCCAGACGUACAGGCAUGAGGGCGUCCCCGGGGGCAUCUCUAAGUAGCUCUUUCAUUCAACUAUGUGCCUUCGUAUCUUCCAACUAAUCAUCUUGAGAAAUUCUGCAGUAACAGAAACCUCUUCGUUUUAUCAUUUAACUUCGAUCGCAUUCUCGGUCAGCCAAAAACCAUGGAUCGACUUUUCUGUAUUGCCGCCCUUUUUCACAUGAUCAUGGCUUCUUCGAAUAACGCCUCAUUUGACAAAGUUAAUUGCACAAUCCAUGAUGUUGACGCAGCGACUUCAAACAAAACAAUCAACUGCAACGGAACAUUCAGAGAUAUUGAUGACCCAGCAAAUUCCAACAAAACUAUAUACAACGGAACAAUCAGUGAUGUUAAUGACCCAGCGACCGCCAACAAAACAAUUCACGAUAUUGUCAAGGAGAAUCUUUGCAAAAGCGUGUGUCAGGAAGAUGCGUGCCAACCGAAUUAUGAUUGGCCUUUCGGUACAGGUUGUUACUGCGACUGGGCUUGCAACAUCGCUAAAGAUUGCUGCUUCGAAGCUGCUCAGUGCGAGGCGAAUAUGACAAAGGCGGAGAAUGACGCGAGGACGCAGUUUGAAAACUUGUUCUCGUAUAUGAGUUGUUGGGAGAUCAAAUUGGAUGGGAAGUAUGAAAAGUACUGGAUGGUGACGCGGUGCCCCAUAAAGGCAAACGAAAAGUUUGCGCAGUACUGCCGGGAAGGUCUCCCAGGCUUUCUGGAGAUGAGUUAUCUACCUUUGACAGAUGGUAUCGUUUCUUUUCGCAACUACUUCUGCGCACUCUGUCAUGUUGGUGCAUCAAAAGCGGCGUUGCUUUCGUCCUGGAAUGCGACGAAAAAAUGCUUUGAUAAUGACUCAAAUGCCGACUCCUGUCGCUUAGAAUUUAACAAACUGGUUGAUUUCAAGGGACUUGGUUUCCUUGCAUUUAGAAAGUGCCAUUCUGAUUUUGAGUACGCGGUCAGUUCGUGUUCGUCAGUCGCGCCCGUGGAAGACGUUCCUCAGAAUAUCUCAGAUAGCUGUGGCCGUGUUUUCGCGCCUGUACAGGUUGUCGCCCCCUUUUUUGGACCAAUAUACAAGGACAUACAUUGCGCCUUGUGUAAUGGUAUCAGGUUUGAGACAAAACUUAAAUGUGCAGCAAUACCUUAUGUUGGUCCCUCGGGUGAUGUACCAAAUCGGGAUUUGAACCCAGUAUUUUCUUUCAAACUCUUACUCGACUUCGAAAGAAUCCAAAAAGAAAUCUGCGACGAAUGGGAGAUAUUCGACGAAGACGAAAGUCUCUGUAAACCCGUUGUUUGCAGCGAGGGCUACUUUGCCAGCAACGGGUUUUGUAGAAAGAUAAUUUUCUUGACAAUAUUCGUUAUCGGCAGAGCCACAGUUGACGAAAAAGCGUUAUUAGCAGAGCUGGAUGUAGGAUUCCAAAAACAGCCACUUGGUGUUGCCAAUUUUACCUCUGUUGCAAACAAUGACAGCAAACAGAUUUUCGCUGAAAUAUUUUUGAGGGCAUCAAUAGAAUUUGAAAGUCAAGAAAUCGAUGAGUUGGUGUCCAAGUUGGAUAAAAUAUGGAUUGACAACUUUCAAAUGUCUUCACAAUUGGCAUUUGACGGGUGCCAUGAAACGAAUUCAGUACGCAUAAAUUCUACGUUUGGUUUUAGGUCGUUCCUAGCCAAUACGAGCGACUACCUCUUGGUAGUCACCCCUGAAAAUUCUGGCAUGAACCUUACAACCUACUUAUGUUCGAACAGCUCAAAGCUGAGUUGCCCGAAGGUACUCUAUCCGAAGGAAAACUACCAAUGGGCGGAUGGAGCGCCACUGGUCCGGCCUGGAUCCGCGUUAACGCUCAGGUCAGACGAGUUCGAAAUUGUAGACGAUUUCGUCUUCAUCUGCGCUGACGCUCUGCAGGAAAAAUGGUCAUUGUUCCAAGGUUUUCUAAACGAUGAUGACAUCCAAGGCGUCGUGACUCUCGUCGGGCUGUCCCUGUCUCUAGCAGGGCUUGCCUACACCGUCCUAACCUACCUCAUCCUAUCUCCACUGAGGACACUCCCGGGAAAGAUGCUCAUGAACCUCUGCGUUGCGCUGUUCACUUCCCAAUUAAUCUUCUUGACGGCUUUGGACAAAACAGACGACCGAAUAAUUUGUUCUGUCAUAGCCAUGGCGGAGCAUUACGCGUGGUUGGUUACAUUUUGUUGGAUGAACGCGAUUUCUUGGAAUGCCAUGAAGACAUUCAGCGCAAAGGGGAUGAAAGACAAAGACCAGGUACGGAAAUCUUACAUCAGGUACUAUCUCUACAGCUGGGGAACGCCAGCUUUAGUCGUUGCAACCUGUGCUGUCAUCGAAUUCUGCGCCUGUACAGAAUUCGAAGUUGGUUACGGCAACAGGAAUGUUUGUUGGAUAUCAAACUUUAACACACUUAUGUACACUUUCGCUUUACCCAUUUGUUUAAUAAUCUGCUCCAACAUUAUCAUGUUUUCGUAUACCGUCUCCAACAUAUUCAAAGUGUCAGAAAUGACAAAGGUGACCCAUUCAGACAAAGAAAGCAGAUUGAACUUUUGGCUCUACGUGAAGUUAUCCUCCGUAAUGGGACUGACUUGGAUUUUUGGCUUCCUUGCCGCUGCCACGAACGUCAAAGCUUUAUGGUACGUGUUCAUUGUUUUUAAUACAACACAAGGAAUUCUCAUUGGGGCCGGAUUCUCCCUGAAUCGACGCGUUUUAAAGAUGUACUCGACAGAGUACAGUAAGUCGGGAAGCUCUAGGUCUGUCGUGAGGGGUGACACGUUGUCCUCGUCGAAAGACCAGCGAACAGGUUAAUAAUUUUUAUGAAUGAUAAGUUUGGUCUAAAACUUCGGUCGUACUUUUCAUCGAUCUUGCGUAUUUUGCUUUGAUUUGAUAUGAAACUCCGUCCGAAUACCAUUGGGCCGGACACUUUUUCCAGGUGGGCAUUAAUUUCUAUGUCUACUCUGGUGCGCAAACUUGGGAGUCUGUGCCUGGCGCGCGGAACUUCGUCACAUAAUUGGCGCUUCGAAUAGGGUUGUGCCUAUUGCGGAUGCGAAUCAUAUUGUGCAGAACACUUCUUUUCAUUACUUGGUAACAUUAUUAUAAUCAGGGCUACGCUCCUACGCUGUCAUUGCAGGAAAGACUGACGUUUGAACGCGGACCCUGCUUAGGAGUGUAAAUCAGGGCAUGGCGCUUUAAAUUGAAAUGAUAAGCCUUCAGUUCUAGUGCAUAUUGCCGGAUGUCCUCGCUUGACAUUUUGACACGGUGGCAUUUUGUCACCUUCAGUCUACUGAGUGUAUAUUUCUUGAUAUUUGACAGCAAAUCGGCAACGACCCAGACAUUGACGCAAUACAUUAUCUAAGGAGGCCACGGGUUUGUGGUUUACGGGCCAUCCUCCGUUGUCUUAAUAGGGCAAAACCACGGAUGGGGUCUUCCGACUGGUGGUGUUCGGAAUUCAAUGGUAGAAAACAGUUUGUAGGCCCAUGAUGAAAAAGGGAUUUUCGUCGUUCCCUCAGCCGUGAGAGUUAAAGCACUCCCCAUUCUGGCAUUCUAGCCGUGGUUUGUCCUCAAAAUGACCGAUUUGAGGUAAAAGGAUGUUAUGUUAACAGUACGACAUAUAAGUCUAGCCUUGGCAGGCGUCACAAAAUAGACACUUUGGAAUAGUUUCACGGCGAGAAAAGGACACUUUAAUUUCCAAAAAAAUUAACUCAGAGCGAUGUCAUCUCUCGUCUCCCUCCACCAACUUGAUUUUCUGCUGA